GCCAGAUCUUCAAUGGCACCUUUGUGAAGCUCAACAAGGCUUCUAUUAACAUGCUGAGGAUUGUGGAACCCUAUAUUGCAUGGGGCUACCCGAAUCUGAAGUCAGUGAAUGAGCUGAUCUACAAGCGUGGCUAUGGCCAAAUCAACAAGAAGCGAAUCGCCCUGACGGAUAACACCCUGAUUGCCCGUUCUCUUGGUAAAUACAACAUCAACUGCAUGGAGGAUCUGAUUCCCGAGAUCUACACCAUUGGGAAACACUUCAAAGAAGCAAAUAACUUCCUGUGGCCCUUCAAGUUUCUUCUCCCGGAGGUGGGAUGAAGUAAAAGACCACCCAUUUUGUAGAGGGUGGCGAUGCUGGCAACAGGGAAGACCAGAUCAACAGGCUUAUUAGAAGGAUGAACUGAGGUGACUGUUCUGGUAUUUUUAUAAUCUGGUCAGAUAAUAAACGUCAACUCCACUGA